ACCUGUCCUAUCCAGUCGACAUCGCUUUUGUUGUUGUUAUUAUUAUUAUUAUCUGUUUGAUGUCGUUUUCUUCAUUUACCUGUUAUUCUUAUUCUCAUCGUAAUAUUAUUAAUUUUGUACAAUUACUACAAUUUGUUUUUAUUUUUGGACUCCGUUUAAUGUCUUUUCGUCAACCGGUUCUCGCAAUYGAUURCCCUCCGAUCACGACGUAGUCUCGUACAGUGUACACCCAUCGAUAUUCGCUAUUUUGCGAAGCUACGAAGAUAGUGUAUUAGACAUUAGUGUGCUGUGUAGUCAUUCGACAUUCGUCGCCGCGUGUUAGUGUGCCAACGAUUUGUCGGUUAGGCCAAAGUCCUUACCGAUUUACUUGUUUUUUUGGCCGUUCGUCUCCUCGAUUUUAUAAGACGUUUUUUGCGAACGAUCGCGUACACCCAAACCACUAAGUUCAAUCAUCAAUGUCUUCAAAAAAACCAUUUGCUGUCAAAGACAAGGUCUUUGUAAAACGACGAGGAUAUCCUGCUUGGCCUGCCUUAAUAAUUGGUAUUAAAGCUAACCCUGAAUCGGAACUAGUUUAUACUGUAUAUUUUUAUGGAACUGGUAACUACGGAGAAUGUAAACCAGAAUUACUAUGUCUUUACGAAGAAAACAAGUAUAAGCUAGGUAAGCCCCGAAGAAAACAAAAGAAAUUAAAACAAUUGGUUGAAGCUCUCAUACAAAUAGAAAAUGAUUCCAAAAGUGAUUUUAUCUCUGACAAAAAUGUUGGAGUAUUUGUGCCACCAAUUUCAACAACAAACGUUAAUCAAGAAUUAUCUUUAGAAGAUAAAUCCAAAAAUUUGGAUAAAAUCAAAAAUCAAAGUGAAUUAAAUCCCACAAGUGAAAAAAAUGAGGAAGUAAAGUCAUUUAAUGACCCAAGUGUAUCCAAAGGUAUAAGAGUUGUUUCUUUAAGAAAAAGGAUAUCCAAUUCUACAGAUUUAAAAAGAAAACUAACUGAUGCCACACACGAAGAAGUACUGAAGAAGCUAAAAACAUCAAAAAGUUUCAACCCUAUAGAUGUUCAACCUAUAGUAUUGUUAGAACCAUUAAAGAGUGCUUAUUUAGAAAAAAAAUUGAGUGAAAAACAGAAAUUUAAAACUGCUGAUAAAAAUGUUGCUGCUGCCAAUGAACAAAUUAUUGAAACACUUAAUAAUAAUACUACUAAAUCUGUACUUGAAACCAGUGACACCACAUUAGAUAACUGUGCAAUUGCAGAACCAAUAAAAAUGAAUGAUAGUAUUCAGUCAGAUAUAGGACGUAUAUCACGCUUUGGUCGUAAAAUCAAGUUAAACAGACUGUCUGACCAUGAUAUUGUCACCAAAGUUCCAAAAAAAUUGAAGUUUAAGAAAGCAGAUUCCAAAAGUUUGAAAACUCUUAAUCCUGACAAUAAUGAAACUGCUGAUUUUUCAAAACAAAAUGUCAAAACCAGAGAUCCAAGUACAAAAGCAAUGAAGAAUUUGAAAAGUAAUGUAAUAUCUAUACCCGUAUCAAUACCAUGUUCGCUUGAUAGCGUAUCUAAAGAAAUAAGUGUACAAAACAGCAAUUGUCACCGGAGAAAUCCACCAAAUAAUCUUAUCAAAAAUGUCAUGGGUUCUYUACCAAAUGUAGAAGUUGAGUGGAAAAAAAUGGAAUCAAGUAAAGCACAUCAAGUUAAUUUACUACUGACAGAAGUAAAUUUGCUUGAUUGUGUUUAUAAAUUAAGUUCAGCUUUAUCAAUUAACUAUAGCAAAUUAAGUUAUGAAAUGGCAUUGAAGUCAUUGGAACAGAUCAGUGAAUUACAAUUUAAUGCUCUUAUGUUAAUAAAACAUAGAUGUAUYGUUGAUAAAAUUACAAAAGUAACAAAGUAUGUAGGUGAUGUAAAUAACUGGUCCUUAAGCAAACAAGAAACUAUUGAACAUUUUGAUAAAGCAAACCAAAUUCGAUGCAAGGCUCAAAAAGUAUUACAUAAAUGUAUAUCAUUAUUCACUGUACUUGAUGGACAAACAUUCGAAGAGGUAUACAACCAUGAAGUUAAUGUGUUUAUGGAAAAGACUCAACAUUUGACCAAUGAUCAGAUUUAUGGUUGUACUACAGAUAAAUUGUACAAAUAAUUUCUUCUGCAAACAUGUUCAAGUUGUAACAAUAAUUUGCUAUUUUUUUAGUUAUCUAUAAAUAUUUAUUAUAUACAA